GUCCCCCCGCCUUUUCGCUUUUGGCCCUUUCUAUCUUCUCCCGGCCUUCUCCACGCUGGCGCGAAUUCUUUGGGACUUUCUUCGAGAACGCGCUGCUCUGGGAGCGAACCUCCCCGCAGCUCCACUUCCCAGGAAGCCCUGGAGCCCCGCGCACUUCAGAGACCCUCGGGAGGGGAGCCCGGGCCUCCGGGCCUCCGGAGGACACGACUAGGACUCUCCAAACGACAUUCGGCAACUUUUCGAUCUCCUGUGCCCACUCCCAAGUCUGACCAGGCUGAUGAGACCAAUGAGGAUUCCCUACAGCUUGAAAUCCAGGAGCUAAAGCAAAAAAGGGAUGCUUUGGAUCAGGAGAUCUCCCAGCUGGUGGCUGAAGGCUAUGUUGUGUCUGAGUUGGAGGACCACAUUUCCCUGCUCCAUGAGUACAAUGACAUUAAAGAUGUGGGCCAGAUGUUAAUGGGAAAAUUAGCCAGCAUCAGAGGGGUCACUACCAAGGAGCUGUAUCCUGAAUUUGAUCUGGAUGUGAAUGACUAAGCAGAAAGUUGCUUUCCCUGCAUCCAUCUUAGCUUGGUGUAAGCAAAAAGAUCCAAGGAAAGCAUGAAGAAGAAACCUACAAGAGUUCUGAGAGAGGCAAUCAUGGCAGAUAAAGUAUUCACAAGUGUUUUUCUAGAAAGGUUAUACUCAAUUGGAAAGGAAGAGAGAAAGUGUGUAUGUGUUGAAGGGUUGAUUUUUAAGCUCUACAACCUCUGAGAAUUGAGUAUUAUAGGGAACUAGCAUUUUUUACUAUAUCCUUUGUGUGUAUAUAUUAUAUUAAAAAAAUUUACCUAAUCCAUAGAUUUGGAAUUGUUAUUAAUUUGUAUGAUGCUGCUUGUAUAUUCAAAUUCAUUAGGAUAGUUUGUCUUACAUAAUGGUGUGAUGAUAGAAACCACUCCCUAAGUUUGUCCUAACCCACUCCCCAUUUUUGCAUGUGUACCUAUUUAUGCCAGUUGGUUCAAUUUUUUCAGGGAAGAUUUGAAUGAGCUCUACUAUGUGUAAAGUAUUUGGAAGCUUGGAGUAAUGACCCUGUCCUAUAUUCAUUCCUUGUAAUAGCUGAAGAGAUGGAGACUUGAUUAGGAAAGAAGACCAACACCAAGAAUUAGAUCUUGGGUAGACUCCCAAGGAACUAUUUAAAAUAAAGCUAAAAUAACAGUUCUUAAGACUUUUCAAGCCAUGGCUCACCUAUUCUAUUUCCCAUACACUUUACUAUCGGCAUGAAAAGCAAAAAUCUUAGGAUAAAAAGUCUUUUGAUCUACUAUAUACUCAUCUAUCUGAACCAUGUUAUUAUAUAUGACAAGAGGUCAGACAGUAAAAGAGAUGACAAAAUAAGGAAAAGAGUUAAGUUUUCAACAUUUCACCUCAAUUCCCUAUGCCUACAGGUAGACUCCCUUUUCUCAUUGCAGAGGAGUGUUCUGAUCCCACUUCAAAGCAUCUUCUCCAAGUUGUGGGAGCAGUGUAGUAACUCCACACACCAAAAAGUGAGUAUUCAGGACAAAAGGUAGCCAUAUAAAAAUAGCUUUCUUCCCCUUGUCCCUACUCUCUGGCUGACUGGCUGGGAAUCCCAACACCACACUGACAUAUUCUUCCUCUUUACUUUGGACUAACCAAACAUCAUCUGGAGGGCCCCUGGCUGUAGGAUGACAUCUUAGGUAAACUCCUGUUUCCUAGUAGCCAACUCAUUUCCUAAAUCUCUAGAAUAAAUUUCCUGUUAGAGGUGCAACAAUAUGAAUGGGCCUCUGGGAGGCAGUGUCACCUCAGAAAUAAACCAAAGUCCUUCAAAGAGUUCUCUGAUGCCUGGAUCAUAGUCUACAAAGGAUCAGCUGAACAGCCUUGCACAGGACGGUUCAGGCAAGGAACUGGUGAGAUGGCUACAGGCUUUGUUUUCUUUUUUGUAAGGGAAAGCUGUUCUUUCUGGCAACUUCCCAUCUGAAGGGUGAAGGAAUUCCAGGCAGCUAAUCAGGAGAUUUGGAUCAUAGUCAUGGAUACAACUGCUUUAAUAUUUUAGUAUUCUAGAUAAAAUAUUCUAAAGACAAAGUCUCAGCCCUCUAAGAGGAUAAAAAGGUCUCAGGAAUUCCAGAUUCUUAAGAGUUGGAAGAGAUAAUCUAUAACAAGGAAAUAAAUGCUAUGCCAUCUUACAGCAUUAUAAUAAAGUAAAUAAAUAUCAGAA